GGGGGGGUUUGGUGGCUUUUUCUUUUCUGUUCAUUGCUCUUGAAGAAUUCUAUGGUACCAGUGUUGUUCUUGCAUAGUUAGAGCAAAUACAAGUUCCUAACUUGUUUAGUUGCACAGAAACAUUCCCUUUAGUUGUAAUUCCUAGUGGUGAUUUCUAUGAGUCAUUUUGAUACCAGAUAUAGUAUAGUAUAUUAUUAUCCUCCUCCCUUCCUUCUUUCUGUUCUGCAAUAUUCAAAACCCUACACGAAAGAAAAAACACCACAUAGCAGCUAUUAUUAAAAUUAUUAAUAUUUGGGUGGUGGGUUAUUAUUAUUCUCAGCACUGCAGUGAUUAACAUUGAUUAGCAUGGUGGUGGUGGUGUAUGAGGUGUUAGUGUGUGUUGUGCUGGUACAGUAAGUGGAUUAGAUACAGUAGCAGUGCUGCUGGAGUUUUUAAACACUAAUAUAUUGUCUCUGCUGCACUGAGAGUAUGAAUGAAGUUCAACCCAAGGACGCUUUACAGUUUACACGUUUUUACACUUAAGCACAUUACACAUCAGCACUCAUCCUCACACUGGUGAGAAGCAGCAGCCAAUAGCGCACAGCGUACUCUCAACCAGAAACGACCGUCCACCUCGAGGACUGCAUCGGGCACUACAGCAUUUACCCAGGACAGAGUGCCAGUCCAUAUCUGGGCACAGUCAUGCAUACAUUUACACCAACACUUACACACACACACAAACUUACGUACACAUACACACCAGAUCAAUUUAGAUUAUUCAAUUUUCUGGGCAAUUUAGAGUAUUCAAUUUACCUGAUCUCCAUGUUUUUGGACUGUGGGAGGAAACCAGAGGAAACUCACUCAGACACAGGGAGAACAUGGAAACUCCACCCAGAGAGGGAUAUGAACCCAAGACCCCAGUGCUGGGAGGCAAACGUGCUAACCAAUAAGCCACCGUGCCACCCAACAACCAGAAUUAUACAGCUAACAGCAUCCUGUGGGCAGCGAUGGAGGACUAGAGGGUGAGCAACACAAACUGUGCAGAUCACUCUGUGUUUAAUACAGCUAUAUAAUGUAUAAGUUUCACAUUUUGAACUGAAUUAUUGAAAUAAAGUAACUUUUCAAUGAUAAUCUCACUUUUUAAAAUGCACUCAUAUAUUUGUGUAUCUUGAGCUUCCUGGCUACACGCCUUGGGCCUCUGUGGUUUCACAGAUCUUUUCAGGAAGUGAUCUAUGAUUUCUGCUCUGGUGCAGUUCCUCCGGUUGUUUUUCACACGCUGGUGAUAGGAGUGGUGGUUAAACACACAAUGGUGGUGCCUUCUAAGCUGCUGCUGAUGUUCCUCACCGUGUUGGUGCUGUGGUGGCAUUGCCUGGUGUUGGUCCAUGGGAAUUCAACAUGUUCUGGGCAGCAUGAUUCUAGGAUCAACAUCUCCACUGAACUGCAGUCUGAUGUUCUGCUGCCCUGUAACUUCAACUCAAGCCUCCUCGGUUCAGAUCUGACUGCAGAUAUAGCAGCAGUGUGGAUUUAUAAAAAUAUAACAGAAGAUAGUCUGGUGGAGAUCAGUCUGAAGACUGGAGUAAUGUUCUGGAAGAACAGAGGGGGACGAAUUAAGACAUUCCCUAAACUCUCAACAUCUGGAAACUUCUCCAUCCUCCUCCAUAAAGUGAAUAAAUCUGAUCUGGGUCUGUACCGCUGUGAACUGUUCAACGGAACCUGUAGAAUCGCUUAUCAGGAAAUCCAACUUGGUCUUUCUACUGUUAGUCCUUAUUUCUACCAGACCUCCAUCAUAGCAGGAACAUCAGGAGGAGCAGUUCUUCUUCUGCUCAUAAUAUUACUCUUCUACAUCAGGAAAAAACGAACUGGGCGUUCGAGGACUGGAGGUGUUUGUGGAAAUAGACGUGAUCCUCCAAUAUAUGAGAAUAUUCCUGACAGAGAACAGCACAGCCAAAGCAGAGAGGGACGUACAUCUGAUCGUCCGAUCGACACAGUGUAUUCCACACUACAGCACUGCCAAAGCAAAGACGAAGUUGUGUAUGAAAAUGAAAUCUACACCAGGGGAAAGUUCUUGGAUAAGCCAGAGCAGCACACAGGAGACAACGUGUAAUGGGACUUCCGUACCAGUAUCACCAGUAUAACCAUCAGGGCACUGAUUCUAAGUCCCAGUCUGGCUGAUAUACAGUAGUAUUGUGUGUCUGUCUAAAAGGGGAAUCAGAAACUUGUCUUUAAACCACAUUAUCAACAAAUGUCCUGAGAACAUCUGGUGCACCAGAGCAUCGGAAAUGGGGCCUCAGGACUGAAAACCUCUGGAUUAGAAUGUACAGAAGUCUUAGAUUGACUUAGAUUGAAUUUAUAUUUUUCUAUGAUAAAUAUGUAUUAUUAUGCAUUUUUACUUAAAAAAAAUCAAAUUCAGCUUGUAAAUUAUGGUGUAAUGGCUCCCUCUACUGUCUAUAAGCCUUUUCUAGUAAAGAACUAUGGACUUCUUAUAGGUACUUCACUUUGUAUUACCGUACUCAUGUCUUGAUUCUGCAUAUGCCUGCUUUAUACACUCAUCACUGAGCAGCAUGGUGGCUUAGUUGUUCGUCUCCCAUCAUUGGAGUCUUGGGUUCAAAUCCCUAUCUGGUUCUCCUCGUGUUUCCUCCCACCGGAAAAUUGGGAUUAAUCACAAUUGUGCUUUUUAGAACACAAGUUUUUAUAGUGGAUAAUAAAAUGUAAACAAUAGAAUUAAUGUAAGAGACAUAAAAUGCAAACAUGUAAAAAUGCAAAAAGUGUAAAUUAAAAUACUAGUAUAUACUUGUAUGUUUGAGGGGAGAUAAAGCCAACAUGGGGCUCUGGAAUAAAUAAUGCAUGAUAAAUUGGAUAGAAGAAACUAGAAGAAAGUAAAUAUAGAUAGAAUAUUCUGUGUUUUAGUGUAUAUAUCUGUGCAGUGUGAAGCUGCUUUAAUACAGAACACUGAAAAAUUGCCGCUGCACUGUAAAACACAGUGUUUUCAGUGAGACAAUGAACGCUGCACAGUAUCGCACUCUUAGUCUGUAAACAACAUGGAGCAGCAGCAAAAUCAACAUUUGUUCACAGCAGUAUACUUUCUGGCUAAUAUAUCAGAUUAAUCUGCACCUCAUCAGCCGUUAAGCUCAAUUAAAAAAGUAUAUUUGAUAGCUGGGUCGGAUUAAGACCAGAUCACAUUCUUAACCCCUGUGUGGUGUUCAUAUUUUUGUUACUCGUUUACUUUGUUACUUGUAUUUAAUUCAGCAAAAUUAAGCAAUUUUACAUUAAAAUGCUUUACACAUGCUCACUUCACCUAAAUUGCAAGCAAUAUACCUUUACCUUUCUUAUGUUACAUUUCUUUC